UUUUAGUUCUGAUUUGAACUUUGCUAAAAGCGGUUGUGUUUUGCGGUACAACGAAACGACUCAAAGUGAAUCUCCUUUUUUCCAUUGAUUUUCCUCCCGCCGCCCCCUCUGCCUAAGUACUAAACAAUUAAUUUUACAACUUGUAAUUGAAAUUACACAAACAAAAACAGCAAACGAGACAAGUCGAGGAAAAAAACAACCAACAAACAAAUAAAAAAUUACAACAUUUUAUUAAACAAUUAAUAUCCCCGGUGGUGCAGUUGUGUGUGUGUGCUUUUUUUUAAGAAAAAAGAAGAAGUAAAACUAAGGAACAAAAAGCAAAAGAUGAAGAACUUAAAAUUUCGAAUUUAAUGUCAUCAUUAAGACCUGAACCACGUUGCUGGUAGGAAAAGCGUUUCUGUUAUGUAAACGUGAAGGUGAAUUGUUUAAAAGUAUCCAGAAAAACGAAAAAUAAAACCAACAACAAUAGCGGGGAUUAAAAUAAAAACCAAAAAGUGAAAAAAAGAAAUAACUCCAGAGCCACAAAAAAUUGCGUUGACGAAUUACAGCAACCGUCUGCUUUAUGUGAAACAUUUGAAAGCUGUUGAAAUCCGUUAUUGAAAUCAGAUGAAUACCGUCAUUGAAUACUGAAAAUCCCGAAACCUUUAUACUUUAUACGAUUUUAUCUGAAUUGGAUCAGAAAAUUAGCGAGAACAGAAAUUGUAUAUUGCGGAAAGGAAAGCUUUCAACAAACGGCAACCAUGUCCAACCGUAACUGGUUCGUGUCAACGGUUGUGCUGUCGCUACUGUUGUCGUAUCGGAAUUUCUUCAUCAAUGCUCAGAGCCAAAAUGCAAUUGGAGCUCAUCGGACCUUUGCGAAGACAUCGUUUUCAUGUUCUGGCCGACCGGCGGGUUAUUAUGCAGACAUUGAGACUGGGUGUCAGGUUUACCAUAUGUGCGAUGGCUUGGGAAGACAAUUCAGCUAUUCCUGUCCAAAUACAACGUUAUUCCAACAGCGUAUGUUGAUUUGCGACCACUGGUACAUGGUGAACUGUUCGAAAGCAGAAAGCGAUUACACAGCCAAUUUGCUGAUAGGUCAGCGGGAUAAACCGUUCGUUAACGAAGAAGAAAAUAAUUUACGAACACCUCGACCAGAUUUGUUAGAUCGGCCCUAUGCUCCCGACUAUUCAGGCGAAUCGUUUAGAAAUCAAUAUCAAAAGUCGCUAUCUUCCAUAUUGAAUCAGAUCUAUGACAACGAUGCCCAGAAGAAAGAGAAAUCCUUGCAAUCGACUGCAAAUCAACCCAAUCAACCGGCAGGCCAGCAAAGAUGGAAAAUACCACCACCAAGUCGUUUAAUUUUACCACCUGCCUACGAACCUCAGAUACCAGAAACGUUCGUAACCAGCACUGCCAGACCGCCCACUAGUCGCAACAGUUACUACAGCCCGUCUAGUACAACAACAGUGAGACCCUCCACCCAACGGACCGUUACCGCCAACAGUCGUUCGCAGGGUCUGAAAUUUAACGGCGUUGCCGCUCUUCACAAUCGCAAUGAUGAACAUCUGCAAUACGAACACGAUGAUCUCGGCACCAGUCACAGUACCCGGUACAACACCUCGGCCGAUUUUAAUUCCAAUGAAGAUCGAAACAUCAAAAAUCGUCAGAAAAAUACUCAAAGAAAAACUACUACCACCACAACAACAACGACGAGAGCGCCAACAACAACAACUACGACCACCGCAAGGACGACAACAACAACAAGGACCACCCUGAGUCCCAACAUAAAAGUUCCCUCAAAAAUCUAUGAGCCACCAUUGCUAUAUCCCAUCUACAAUUUGGAGGAGUCAAGUCCAACAAAAGCAGCAACGACCACGGUCAGACCUCUGUUCAAAGCCUCCACAGCAUCACCAUUCAUGACACGACAGACCACAACCACACCAGCACCCUUUACAACCAGAGCAUCGUCGAGGGCAACAACGAUGGUCGGCAAGCCGUUUACAAGAGCUCCCACUUCUUCAUCAACCACUACAACAACGAGAGGUUCGAAUCGCUACGAUGCCGAUAAGCUAAGUAAAGAGAUAAGGACCCCAGCUCCUGCCCAGGGUUUCAAGGCUCCCACACCAAGACCCACAUCGAGAACGAAUUACAACACCACAAAAACAUCCAUAGACAAUGUCCCCUCCAAACAUCUACUACCCCCCUUGACGGAUUUCAUACAACACGAUGUGGCCACAACACAGGGACCACCAAUCUACUACGAAUGGAAGGUACCCUCGGAUGGACUGGAACCACCAAAGAAAGAAGCUCCAAUUGGUGUGGAUGGCCGAGAAUACCCCGAAACCAUAAUUGAUUACAACUCCAUCAGCGCCAGUGGCAAUUUCAUUCCCAUCAACAAUUUUGGUAUCGAUCAGACAAAAACGAACAACAACAGAGACAUAUCUCGAACGCCCGCGUCCAGGUCCAUUAAAGAGACUGGUCAGCCGACCAAUAAUAUUGCCACGACGAGACAAAAAGUUGCCACCGCAUCUACCACUGCCCGCCCACCAACACCUUCGACAAGUGGCCCCGUUAUGCCAGAAGACAUAUUCCAGAUACGCAAAGAGCUGUCGGUGCCCGAGUAUGCCUUUCCUUUGGAAAACAUCGGCCGUACCGGUUACCUAGCCACAGAUGUGUACAACUCGUUCCAAUUGAAGAUACCCGAAAGGCGUUCAGACACCGAUGAACAUCUCCAUUGGUUUGGUGAAAAUCCCAAGUGUCCAGAAUGCCAUCCGUCCUACGUAAUACCCGGUACCUGUGAGCCAUGUCUACGAAGAUAGAAGUCAAUUCCGAAACUUCCCUCGUGUAAAUUACAAGUAUUCUCCAAGUAAAUAAUUUAAAAUUCCAUUGCGAGUAAAUUUCAUCGAAUUUGGUGGAUAUUGGUUAGAUGCCCCUGCCACAAGAAAUGUCCCACAAUAUGGUUCACCCACAUUCCCCACAUUACUGUUAACUAUUUUAAGUUAUAUACAUGCCUGCAUCCACACACACGCACCUGCACCCUCUCUCGUAUUUGUAAUUCCAUUCCAUGUUAGUCUAACCACCACUGCAACCUAUUUCAAAGACAGUUGUCAAAUCCCUGACCCUGUUAGGGUUGUGAAACUAACCCCCCCUAUGUACAUACAGACAACAAAAGAACGAACGAACGCGAAAAAGACAAAUCCUCUUGUGUACAUAAGCUGUGUACCUUAUACACACACACACAUUACAAUCCAUUUGUUUUUACAUAUGUAAGAGCACAUCUUGUAGUUUUAAUUAUCUAUGUACGUAUGAGUAUGCAUAUCGAAUGAAUACUAUCUACCUAAAAUGAUAUACAAACAAUUAUGUGUACUUCAAUUCUAUCU